CUUUUCUCAUUAACUGAAUAAGGCAUGUAUUAUUUUUAUUGCGUUUUAUUUCCGACACUUUUCAAUAUGUUCGCGAAUGUUCAGUGUUGUGACAUAAAUGGAACAAAUGAAAAUCUACCGCCUCUUUGGCCAUGUCAAUGGAACAAUGGAAUAAUACCUUAUACAUUUAAUUACUACUCAAUAAGUCCAAAACGGUUAAUAAGUAUUGUAAAGAAGGGAAUAGAUUUUAUCGAAAGACAGUCUUGUCUGAAAUUCAUUGAACACAACCCUUUAGAACUGGUGGAUCGUAAAAAUUUUACAUUUCUAUUCUACAACUAUUCGGAUGUCUUAGAAAGCUGUUGUAUGCAGUUUUACACAAUACCCUACGGAAAAAGAGGCCGCUAUUUUUUACAGCAAGUCGUAGUAACUCCUAUAUGUACAUUGCCCGCCGAAGUGGCUCAUGCAACUCUCCACGCAAUGGGACUUACACACGUCAAACAUGAACGAUUUUCUUUAGCCAUGGUUGAUGCUGCAUUAUUCCCAGUUACCUGCAAUAGAAAGGAAGCCUAAGUUUCAUAUUUUUACUGUUAUUAAAAAUUUUGUUUGUGGCAA